UGGGCAGCAGGCUCAAAGUGAAACGAAAAUGUUUUUGCCACUGAUUUGUAGUUUAUGGCUUUUUGCUACCUCCUCUUCGGGUAUUGAGUACUCAAACAAUUCAUUAUGUAAAGAUGAAAACUACGAAGUCCAUUGGAGGUUCGAAAACAAUACAGAAACUUUCUAUUUUAAAGUAAGGGCAAAAGCUACUGGCUGGAUUGGAUUUGGCGUAUCGAGAUUACUAUGGCCUGAAAACGAAACAUUACGGUGGAAUAUGUAUUCCAUGAGACAUUACGAUGUUCUUGUUGGCGGUGUUGACGAUAGUGGAAAAAAGUAUUUUAAGGAUUUUAUGACAAAUGGACAUGUGGCUCCAAAAGAAGAUGGUCACGCAGACUGGAACGUCUCAAAUAUAAUUGAGAGUAAUGGUACUACAACGAUGGAAUUCUCUCGGAAGAAAGAUACUGGUGAUGCUAAUGAUGACAAUGUCAUUGAGCCUGGUCUGAGAAGGAUGGUGUGUGCUUACCAUGAUACUGUUGAUUAUAACAUAUCUAUGAGCAAGUUUACAAAACACACAUGGAAUGGCUAUGAAGAUAUUGAAUUUAUUGAGAAACCAAAGGAAAAAGCUGUGCUUGCCUAUCGUGCAACCGAACCACCAACCACUGGGGCCAGUACACUAGCUGUGUCUAUUGUGGGCCACUUGUUACUUAUUGUUAUUGCAGUCAUUUUCUUCUACUAGAUCAUGAUGAUGAAUCGUCUCCUUUUGCUUCUUGCCUAUGUUGUUGUAGCAUCAGGCAUUAAAGAAGAAAGAUCUCGGGAUCUAUGUUCAUCUGAUGCCCUUAAAGAUUGGAAUGAUAGAGAGAAAGAGAAACCCUUCACUGGUGCACAUAAUCAUUUUAAAUUACAAUCAUGUACAAAUAAUCUGUUAAGAUUAAAAAUUCCUGAUUUUGCUAACAUGUUAAUAUAUCUUAAACCUCUUUAGACAAUUUUGGAAUUGAGGUAGGUCAACUUCUGAAAGACAUGUUGACUAUUAACAUGUAGCGCACAUGGUGGUAUAAAGCCAUAACUGCCUUUGACACCACAAGUCUGGUGCAUUUGUGAACAUUGAGGGGUGAUUAUUUAAACUGAAUUUAGCCAUCAUCUAAUGUAACUGCAUUCUAAGCCAUUUUUUCAAUUUAGCCAAACCUUUUAUCAGAACAUCUAGUUUAGUGAAUAGUGUCAAGAGGGCCAAAAGCUAAGGAGAACAUUUAUUUCAUUAUUAAAUAAUAAUUAAACCACAGUUUGAGUUUGAUCUCGAGUAAAUAAUUGGCCUUAAGUUUGAGUUUAGAUGAAAAAAUAUACUUUAUAGUGUAUUUUGAAGGUAGAUAUCUUAUGCUAUAAACCACAUAUUUAUUUGGGACACAUGUUGUCCUAUAGUUAGGCAGGUGUCCACUGAUAGCUUUGACCAUUAAAGACAUGUGCUUGUCUAAGUUGAGAUGAAUAAUUCCUAAGCAUCUUUUUGUAUUGAUCAGUCCACCAGACAAAAUUUGUUCCAAGGAAAAGCCUUCUCCAGAAACCAUUUAGUUUUUAUUUCAACCAUUUGAAUUAUUAAUGCAAGUCAUGGUUUGAUAUUCUAUAAAGUAACCCUAAUGUUCAUCGCAUGACCUUGAAGCAGCUGCUGUGUCCCAGGUUAUCAAAGAAAAUUAUUCUUUUAUGCCAGAGUACCUUUACAGCUCCAAAUUGCUGCGAUAGACUUCCAACAGCAGGGAAAACAGGUUUGAACCCUAGUUCAGAGAAAGUUCGUUGACAAAUUCAAAAGAAAGCAUCCUGCUCUAGUCUUUUUAAUUUUUUUAUAUACUUUUUUAAGAGUUAGUUACUUGCCUGGUUGUUAGCUCACAUAAUCAAUAGGAGGUUGAGAUGUGUAGCCUGAGAAUUUGGUCCAAUAAAAUGCAGUAAGUUUUCUCCCUCUA